ACAAAAUAUAUUACAUAUUCUUGCAUCCAUACAGAUGUUGGGCGAGUGUUAUAUAAAUUAAUCCUUCAAAAGAAAACCUGGUUUGAGGCUCAGCUGUACUGCAGAGAGAAACACACUGAUUUAGUCAGCAUCAGUAAUGAAGAGGAAAAUAAACAGGUGCAGAAUGAAGGAAAAAAUAGUACUGAUCCUUUCUGGAUCGGCCUGCUGGAGGACAGUGUGCAAUGGUCUGAUGGAGGACAAUCUGCUUACAGAAACUAUACAGAAGAACAGAGCGAACAUUAUAUAUUUUUGAAUCAAGAUGGAAAUUGGAGUAAAAGUGAAGGCGGCAAUAAUCGAUAUUCCUUAUGCUACAAAAGUUUCAUUCAUGUCAGUUCUUAUCAAAUGUCGUGGGAGGAAGCUCUGGAUUACUGCAGCAGUAACUUUUCUGGACUACUGCGCAUUGAGUCAGAGGAUGAUCAGAUAGAAACGGAGCGAGAGCUAAAAAGACAGAAUAUUUCAGAGCCAGUGUGGGUGGGGCUUAGACAGAGCCGACUUUUCGGAUUCUGGAUCUGGUACAAUGGGCUCAGUGUGGGGAACUGGACCAACUGGAAAGGAGGAAGUCCACCAGAACAUCAAGUGUCCCAACACUGUGGUGCCUUAGAGAAGGUGAAAGGUCAAUAUAAAUGGUGUGAUAAAGACUGCAGAUCUGAAUUUAUAACUUUAUGUGAGUUAAAGUAAUAUACCUCUCUGUUAUGCUCUUUGAUUUAUCGUAUUGCACAGUUUUCAUCGCUCCGAAUGAGGAAAAAGAGCUCUUGCGUUCAAUAGUAAAUAGUGGCAUCAUUCAUCUCUUGUAUAAUAAAGCUUUUAUAGUUAGCACUAGAAGCUAGUUGGUAAUGCUGUACCUGUAGUGUUUCUGUUGCCUUUUUCAUGUUUAUCUCAUUGAUUCAUUCAUUUUAUGAUUAUGUUGUAAACCUUUAUGCCUCGUACCGAGAAUUAACAUUAAAAGUUUUUCA